AUGCUUUCUGAGUCCGUUGUAGUCGAAGUUCGUAUCGAAGAAACAACUUAUAUAAAGGGUCUGAUUUUGGAGGUGGAUAUUGUUGAAAUGUUGAGAAGCUCCGAAGAAUUGAAAGCUCUUCGUGGCCUAUGUUUCAACAUAGAACGUUCUUCUUCUCAGUUACUUGGUGUUCCUGCGGUUCGACCGGAAACCGUCAGAUCAUUGAGAGGAGUAAUGUGUUUGGAAAAAAGUGAAGUUAGUAAAGUUAUAGGUGUUGUCGUUGGGCAAAAAUUUUCGUCAGGCGCUAUAGAUGAAGCGGGUAAAUCUGAUGAUCAUCCUAUUAUCUUGACAACAAAAGACCGUCUCUAUACAACUUUUCUAAACUUAACCUCGAUAUUAUUAACGACACCCCUAUCAAAUUUUUCACGUAUAACAAAUUUAUAA